GUCAGAAAACAGAUCAGAGAAGGAACUCUCUGAGAUCCACUGCUCAGCUCUGGCCUUCAUGCUGCAGAUGUCAGGAGGUUCUGGAUGAGUUGGACCUGCAGAAGUACAACACGUCAUGGCGGGGACGACAGAGACUGAUUCCAGCUGUGAGGAACUGCAGAAAGGCUCGACUGACUGACUGUGGACUCUCAGAGACUCACUGUGAAGUUGUGGCCUCAGCUCUGAAGUCCAACCCCUCCCAUCUGACACAGCUGGACAUUAGUGUAAACGUCAUGCUGGAUUCAGGAGUGAAGCUUCUGUGUGCUGGACUGGAGAGUCCAAACUGUCGACUGGAGACUCUGAGACUGAGUUGCUGUAACCUGUCAGCUAGAAGCUGUGACUCUCUGUCCUCAGUUCUCAGCUCCCAGACAUCUAGUCUUAGAGAGCUGGACCUGAGUAACAACAACCUUCAAGAUUCAGGAGUGAAGCUUCUGUCUGAUGCACUGCAAAGUCCACACUGGAAACUGGAAACUCUGAGACUAAGUGGUUGUAACCUGUCAGGGAGAAGCUGUGAAGUGCUGUCCUCAGUUCUCAGCUCCCAGUCAUCUAGUCUGAGAGAGCUGGACCUGAGUAAUAAUGACCUACAUGAUUCAGGAGUGAAGCUUCUGUCUGCUGCAGUGCAGAGUCCACACUGGAGACUGGAAACUCUGAGACUGAGUGGCUGUAACCUGUCAGAGAGAAGCUGUCAAUCUCUGUCCUCAGUUCUCAGCUCCCAGUCCUCUAGUCUGAGAGGGCUGGACCUGAGUAAAAAUGACCUUGAGGAUUCAGGAGUGAAGCUUCUGUCUGCUGCACUGCCGAGUUUACAUUGUACACUGGAAACUCUGAGUCUGUCAUGCUGUCUGAUCACAGAGAAAGGCUGUAUUUCUCUGGCCUCAGCUCUGA